UUUGGGAUCUGAUGGGGAUGUUGGUGACAAAGUGGUUAUUGUGUAUAAGGUCAUAGAGAGAAAAAGAGAUGGACCACUCUGCUUCCUGUGUCUGAAAACAGCAACUGUCCCGUUUGCAGUGAACAUGUCAUAGUCUACAUAGCCCAUCAUGCACAAAAACGAUUCCCCUAACUGAAACUAAUAAAGCAGUACGUCAGGUACUACAACAGGCCAACUCUACUUAGCUGGCUGUAUUCAAAGGUGUGUUCAGUUAUGAACUGCAAAGCUUUCAUUGUGACUGCCAGCUUACUCACAUGGACUGAGGCAAUUUACCACUACCGCAAUAAAGAUAAAGACAAAGAACUGCAAUAUCUUCUGGAACCACCUGUGUAUGCUGAGAUAACAGCACGGCGAGGAGAGAACGUAACCUUGCCAUGUAUCCUACAGACCAAACCAGCUCACUACAGAAUUAAAUGGACUAAAGUCGAACCCCUUCAUCAAGGAGUGGAAAAUAUUGUUCUCAUCACGAAUGGCCAUAAGGAUAAACAGUACGGCACCUUGGGGCCUAGAGCAAGCCUGAGACGUGCACAUGCUUUGGACGUUUCCCUUCACCUCAUCAGCGUAGAACUUGAGGAUGAUGGACAGUAUCGUUGUGAGCUGAUCAAUGGCAUCGACGAUGAAAAUGUCAUUGUUACUCUGAGGAUUGAAGGGGUUGUGUUUCCCUAUCAAAGCAGCCGUGGUCGGUACAGGUUUACCUUCUUGGAUGCCAAAGACGCUUGUACAGGGCAGGACAGCACACUGGCAACAUACAGACAGCUCUACAGAGCAUGGACAGAAGGUCUGGACUGGUGUAAUGCUGGAUGGCUAAAUGAUGGGACUGUCCAUUACCCAAUCCUGCACCCGCGGCCAGCCUGUGGGGCAAAUCUUCCUCCAGGGAUUCGCAGCUACAGAGCCCAGCACAGGACCAAGGAUCAUUAUGAUGCCUUCUGCUUCACGUCUACCUCUAAGGGUUCUGUGUUCUACAUCUCUGGGCCACUGAGUUUUUCAGAGGCUGCACAUGCCUGUCAAGAGAGAGGGGCAGUUCUGGCCCUUGUGGGACAGCUCUACUCAGCCUGGAAGUUCCAGGGGCUGGACCAAUGCAAUGGAGGCUGGCUGCAGGACACCAGUGUGCGCUUCCCCAUCACCACCCCCAGGGAGCACUGUGGAGGAAUCCCCCAAGCAGGGGUAGUCAGCUUUGGAUUCCCCAGCCAAAGCCAGCGUCUCUAUGGGGCGUAUUGCUACAGGUAGAUUGCCCCUGCAGCGAGUACGCAUCUGCACAAGGCACAUUGCUAAGGCUUUACUGCUACUGGUAAUCUCGAUGUGAACAAGAUAAAGUGCAGGCAUCACUGUUACAGUUUCCCAAACAACCAGCGAAAGGUGGAACUGUUGAAUGGUUUUCUAGAAUUAACAUCUGUGUUUGCAGGAAUAUCAGAUAAUGUUUGGACAUGCUUCGGCUUGUUAGAAAUGCUUAUCUGUGCAUUGAACACUGGGAGUUUCAACACAGUACCGUUAUGACAUCAUCAGUGUGAUAUCAGAAGAUUUCUUUUUGUCUUUUAUUUUAUUAAACCAGGCCAAUACAAUAUUUUAACAUGGGUUCACCAGAGAGAUCCUUGUUUGGGACAUAUCUACGUGUAUAUUGUCCUAAGGAGUGUUGUGAGAUUUUUUUUGGUUUAAAUCACUUUUGAGUAUUUGAGGAUUCUUCUUGUUGGGAUUCACAGUGAUGUACCCUGUUCUGUAGAUCUGUAUUUAUUUGUCCAGUGAUUCCUGGCAUUCCUGUAGUAACUAUAUUAAUAAUUUGCUCCAACAAGAUCAAAUUCAUCGUGUUGGGCAUAUUGGCUGAGAAGCCUCAUAAUAUAUGAAAAAUCUAUAACCAAAUAAAUUAGUGUAUGCUACUAUCCAGAUGAAGUCAGAGUAUGUGGUAACUUGAAUUAAUGCAUAAUUUAUUGUCCACUCUAAAAUACUCAAACAGCAUAUACUAUAGCACACAUUCUUGCAUCUUAACCAGCUUUGUUUGUGAAUCAUUACCAAACCGCUGAGUCUUCUAUAUGGAUUAAAUUGUAUGUAUGCGCAUUAAACACAAUAUUGUAUAUGUGUACUAUUAUAAAUUCAACAGGUGGGUCUCACAUAAGUAAAUGUACUCUGUUAAGAAAAAACCCAAUAUCAUUGGAUACUGUUAGUAAAAGACUUGUUUUAUUAUUUUUGAUGAAACCCCAGAACAAAUACAGCAUCCUACAUGUUGCAGCAGUAUUGCACCAUAUACCAGAUGGCACCUUAAGGCUUGAUUUCCCCCCCCCCAACACUGAAACAACAAAAUAUUGUAUGAUGAAUAAAAGACGAAUAAAAGUAUCUGUAAUGUA